AAUUGAAUCCUCCUCCCACUGGCUCUAUCCAAGCUCCGUUCUUUUUUUUUUUUGGUUCUUUCUAAAAGCUUCAAGCUUUUUGAUUUCUGGGCUUAGAAGAGAAUCUCUCGAGAAAGCCGAAGGAAGUGUAUGUAUGUAGUUUGAAUGCAAUAAAUAAGAAAAAUGGGGGGAAUAAAUAAAUAAAUGUACGAAAAUGUUUAUUGCUUUUUGCAAUUUGUCCGAAAUUCUCAUUCUUUUGAGUGAAUAAUUCCCACGAGUGCGGUUCCAUUUCCAGAGAGGCAGAGAGAAGGGGAAAAGCUAUUGUAGAAGAUAAGAUCUUUCCCCCAUCAAACGCUUACUAAAAAAUCUCUCCUUUUUUUGGGGGGCUUCCUUCUGCUAAAACAGAGAGAAAUAAGCCGCUAAAGGGUUUUGAUUCUGAGUAAUACGGAUUUCUUUUCGAAUUGGGUAUUUCACAUCGUCGAGGAUGGUUUCAGUUUCAGAGAUGUCGAACAGUGGUGGUGGUGGUGGUGGUGGUGGGUGUAGUGUUGUAUGGUUCAGGAGAGAUCUUAGGGUUGAAGAUAAUCCGGCAUUAGCAGCUGGUGUAAGAGCAGGUCCUGUAAUCGCGGUCUUCGUCUGGGCUCCUGAAGAAGAAGGUCACUAUUACCCAGGAAGGGUUUCGAGAUGGUGGCUGAAGAACAGCUUGGCUCAGCUCGAUUCCUCUCUUAGGAGCCUUGGCACUCGUCUCGUCACCAAGAGAUCCACUGACAGUGUCGCUUCCCUCCUUGAGGUCGUUAAAGCCACUGGUGCUUCUCAGAUCUUCUUCAACCACUUGUAUGAUCCUUUGUCGCUUGUUCGUGAUCAUCGUGCUAAGGAGGUCCUGACAGCGCAAGGAAUAGUCGUCCGAUCGUAUAAUGCGGAUUUGCUUUACGAGCCUUGGGAGGUGAAUGAUUCACAAGGCCUUCCCUUCACGACAUUUGCUGCCUUUUGGGACAGAUGCCUUAGCAUGCCUUAUGAUCCCGAAGCGCCUCUUCUCCCACCCAAGAGGAUCAUUUCAGGUGAUGUGUCUAGUUGUCCUUCAGACACAUUGGUAUUCGAAGACGAAUCAGAGAAAGGAAGCAAUGCCCUUCUAGCUCGAGCAUGGUCACCGGGCUGGAGCAAUGCUGACAAAGCACUAAUGACAUUCAUAAAUGGGCCAUUGAUUGAAUACUCCAAGAACCGUAGAAAAGCCGAUAGUGCCACAACCUCAUUUCUUUCUCCCCACUUGCAUUUUGGGGAAGUGAGUGUGAGAAAGGUUUUCCAUCUUGUUCGAAUCAAACAGGUCUCAUGGGCAAACGAAGGAAACAAGCCCGGAGAAGAAAGCGUGAACCUUUUCCUCAAAUCAAUUGGUCUCAGGGAAUAUUCUAGAUACAUGAGCUUUAACCAUCCAUAUUCCCACGAAAGGCCGCUUCUCGGCCAUCUAAAGUUCUUCCCAUGGGUUGUGGAUGAGAACUAUUUCAAGGCAUGGAGACAAGGCCGAACAGGCUAUCCAUUGGUCGACGCUGGGAUGAGAGAGCUAUGGGCUACCGGUUGGUUGCAUGAUCGUAUUAGAGUAGUUGUUUCAAGCUUCUUUGUGAAAGUGCUUCAGUUACCAUGGCGAUGGGGAAUGAAGUACUUUUGGGACACCCUUCUGGAUGCAGAUUUAGAAAGUGAUGCCCUUGGCUGGCAAUACAUUACCGGUACUCUCCCGGAUAGUCGUGAGUUUGAUCGUAUAGAUAAUCCACAGUUUGAAGGGUAUAAAUUUGACCCGCACGGGGAAUACGUGAGGCGAUGGCUUCCGGAACUUUCUAGACUCCCCACAGAAUGGAUACACCAUCCAUGGAAUGCUCCCGAAUCUGUGCUCCAAGCUGCCGGUAUCGAACUAGGAUCAAACUAUCCACGACCCAUUGUGGGAAUAGAUGAAGCAAAAGCCCGGCUGCAUGAAGCGCUUUCACGGAUGUGGCAGCUAGAAGCUGUUUCGAGAGCCGUGAUGGAAAACGGGACAGAAGAAGGACUGGGCGAUUCUUCCGACUUGGAACCAGCUCCUAUUGCAUUCCCUCGGGACAUUACAAUGGAAGAGCCUCAAGAAAUCCAAGAACCAACUAGACACAACCCUGCUGCUGCACCUACCAGACGGUACGAGGAUCAGAUGGUUCCAAGUAUUACUUCUUCUUUGAUCAGACUUGAGGAAGAGGAAGAGUCUUAUGUCGAGUUGAGAAACUCUGCAGGAGACAACAGAGCAGAAGUUCCAAGGAACAUGGACAUUAAUCAGAUCCAACAGCCAAGAGUUGAACCAGCACCGAACCAGGUGUCUGCUAUGCCAGAAUUCAAUAUCAGAAUAACGGUGGAGAACGCAGAAGAAGAUUCAACGGCUGAAUCUUCGAGCAGCGGCAGAAGAGAGAGGGACGGGGUAGUGGUCCCAGUCUGGUCUCCAGGUUACUCAGAACAGUUCUCUGGUGAAGAAAAUGGAAUUGCAGGAAGCACAACAUCUAGCUACUUGCAGAACCACCAGCAAAUACUGAACUGGAGACGGCUUUCUCAAACCGGGUGAAGGGCAAAACCAGAGGGGAUUAGAAGAGCAGAAGACGGGGGAUAUUACAGGGCUUUAUCCCCAGCUAAACCGGUUGGAAAAUCAGGAUACCUUUGGUUUGGUUUAAUGCAUUUAUCCGGUUAUGGAGCUGAAGAACUGGCCCCGGAAAGCAGAUCUGAUAUACAUUUUAUAUGUUUCCAUCUUGUAAUCAUAUACAGAAACAUAGCCUUUGUUGUAUAGUCUGUACUUUGGCUCUGGUAAUAAACCUGGCUCGUGUCGAAACA